UGUAAGGUUAGUGACAAGAACACUUUCACGCACGUUGACACAAAUUAGCAAGAGCAUCAUACAACACAGCCUCUGACAUGGCUAUCACAGCUGAUCACAUCCGUGACAAACUAAUUAAGGAGCUCGCGGCAGUGCACGUGGAUGUGGAGGAUACUUCACCCAACAGAUGUGCAGCCAGCUUCAAAGUCCUGGUGGUGUCGCCUCAGUUUGAGGGCAAGCAGCUGUUACAGAGACACAGGAUGGUGAAUAUGUGCCUAGCCGAGGAGCUGAAAGAGAUCCAUGCUUUCGAACAGAAGACCCUCACGCCAGAACAGUGGGAGAAACAGAAAUCACAAUGACACACACACACACACACACACACACACAUCAUAUCCCACUCAAAUCAGUUUAAAAUUCCUACUGUAAACAGGCCAUAUCCCUCUCUGAUAGGUAGAAAGAAUACAAGUGCUCUCCUGAAUCUCCUGGAAAUCAGCAAUGUUGAUAUACAUGCAAUUAAAUGUUCUGGUGGCAAUAAAACAUUUUGAAGCUG